CUCACGGUCUCUCCCGGGCUCGGCCCAAGGGGACAGCAAUGGCAUCCGUACCUUCCAUAGGCUGCCUUCUGGCCAAAAAUCAGUAUUAUCGCAAGGCCAGCGUGUCUUCCCUGAGCUCCGACGGCCUGGGCUUCGCCGACGAGGGCGACAAACGCCCCCCCGAAGGGCUGCCGGAGAUGGCAGAACCCACCUGGUGGCUCAAGUCCUUCUUCCACGCGGACCCUGUGCUCUCGGAUGUGAUCAGGAAGGAGCUGUGCGCCAGCGGCACCAACUGUUGACUCUGACCAUGGAAAUGACGCCCCCUGCUGAGCGGCUUCCACCGUG